CUUCGGCAGCCGACAUCGCUUUUGUUCUGGAUUCAUCUGGAAGUGUUGGCAAUCAUAAUUUCCACAUGAUGCUAACCUUCUUGAAUGAUAUAGUCGACCAAAUGGAAAUUGGACCGAAGAAUAUUCAGGUUGGAGUUUUGCGUUUCAACAGCCGAAAUUAUUUGGAAUUCAACCUAAACAAGCACAAUACCAAGAAGAGUUUACAGAAUGCUAUUCAGAAUAUUCACUACACUCCGGGUAAUACCGCAACAGGAUCUGCUAUCAGUUUCAUGCAUUACCACAUGUUCACACGAGCUAGUGGCUUCCGAAAAGGUGUACCAAAGAUUGCGAUAGUUAUCACCGAUGGUAUGUCCAAUAUAGGUUUGAACACUAAAGUAGAAGCAGAUGCUGCCAAAAAGAACAACAUCACGAUGUUUGCUAUUGGAAUUGGUGGAGCUGUAAACCAAAGAGAACUAAAGGACAUUGCAUCAAAUCCUAAUCUUGUCUUCAGUACGAAAAAUUUCAAGAAUUUGAAUAAAAUAGUGGACGGUUUAGUGAAGACAACCUGUAAAGAAAUCCCAAUUGACAGCAAACCAUUUGUCUGCAAAGAUAAGCUUGCUUCAUGUGCCUCAUUCGGUUUGAAAAUAUGUGAUGGUUACCAGCGUUGGUCACGUGAUUUCUGUCCAAAAUAUUGCGGAGUAUGUUUUGGUGAGUAG